AUGGACCUGUUCCACGAAGCCGUGGGCAUAGCAGUAAGGAAUGCGGAUCCGCGAGUCAAGAAAUGGACCUUGAUGGGCAGCCCUGUGCCGGUUGGUACACUGAUCGUCCUCUACGUCUGCUUCUCGAAAAUUUGGGGUCCCAACCUGAUGCGUUUAAGAAAACCGUUCGCCAUCCUUCCUCUCAUCCGAGCCCACAACGCCUGCAUGGUCGUCUUCAACGUCAUCUUCAUCGUGACCUUCUCGAAGCUGUCCUACUCCGGCGGUGGCUACAACUACUUCUGCCAAGGACCCGACUACACGUCACGAGGUCUACCCGUCCUCAAAAUGGCCUGGUGGUACCUGUUGGUCAAGAUACUUGACCUGACGGACACCCUGGCGUUCGUCCUCACCAAGAAAUUUGAUCACGUGUCAACCUUGCACGUGUUUCACCACUCCGCAGUGGUGGGGACCAUGUGGGUCACCGUCAACUACGGGGUGCUCGGACAGAACGUCUUCGUCAUCAUUCUCAACUCGUACGUUCACGUGGUCAUGUACUCUUACUACUUCCUCACCACGCUGGGACCUAUGGUCCGGCCGCAUCUUUGGUGGAAGAAGUACCUGACCCAGCUCCAGAUGGCGCAACUGGCCGCCUUUGUGUUGCACGGCAGCAUCCCGCUGUUUGUGGACUGCGGAUUUCCUCUGUGGAUGGCGCUUUUGACGGUUACGGAACCCGUCGUGCUGCUCGUGAUGUUUUACAAAUUCUAUCUCAAGUCGUACCGGCAGAAAAGCCACAUAGCCACGGGAAAAAUUGCGAAAGACGAGGCUCACUUUGUUUGCUCGUACCGACCUUACGAAGACCCCUUGAAGACAAGAACGAAGUAG